AUGACGGAUACAGAAAGUCCCUCUAUCGUGAAACAAGUAGAUUCUUCUUCUGUGAUUUUAGAUGUCGAUCAAAAUGUAGAUAAUACAGAAAGCACAGGUGUUUGCCAAGAUGCUGAUCAGAAAGUUGUAAAAGAUGGCUGUAUUGAAGUCAAGAAAAAUGAUUCUGGACAUUAUAAAACAUGCAUUGAAUUGACUGAUGAUGAUGAUGAUGAUGACUCUGAUUCUUCAGAAAAGAAGAUAGUAAAAAGUGUUACUUCAGGAAACCAGCAGUCCAUUUCAAAUUCUGAAGAUGAUUCUGAUGAGGAAAUAGUCUCCAUAAUUUAUGAAAACCAACAGUUUGACUCACUAGAGGAUAAAAACCUUUUAAACAUGCGCAAACAAGCAAUUCGCCAAUUUCUCGCUACAGAAGAAAUAUUUGUUGAAACUUUGGAAAAUAUACAAAAGCUUAUGGAUCAGUUCAGUGCUACUAUUGACAGUAAAGAAAGCUUUUUAUCCAAAACAGAUUUUGAAAUUAUGUUUUUUAAAAUUUCUGAGAUAUUAUCCUUACACAAAACCUGCAUAAAGCAGCUUGCUCCUAAAGUACAAAAUUGGCAAAACAAUGAAACAGUUGGAACAAUCUUAAAAGAACUGAUGGUUCAUUUUCCAGUAUUUGAAGAAUACACAAAGAAUUACCCAUCUGCUGUUGAAACUAUCAAUAAAUGUUCACAAGUUAAUGGAAGUUUCAAAAGAAUUGCUGAGGAGGCAAGUUUUAAUCCAGAAAUGCAAAAAAUUAGUCUUAGUGUUCUUCUUUACAAGCCUAUUAGUCAGUUACAGUUCAAUACUUCAUUCAUACAGGAACUUUUGCAGUAUACUCCUAAAAGCCAUGCUGAUUAUGAGAUCAUUGAAAAUACAUGGCGGCUAACUCAACACAGUUUGACUGGUAUCACAAAUAAAAAUUAUGAUGAUAAGGCAAAAAAUGAUCAGUAUUUGCUGAAAUCAGAUUACUUGGUAGAAUUGGUUGGCAAUGUAAGAAAAUUACGAUGUUUCUUUCUCUUUAAUGAUGUUUUGGUGUGUACUAAACAAAAGUUCUGGCAAAAAAGCUCAUUUGAUGUAAAGUGGUUUAUUCCUAUUUCCCAAUUGUUACUGGAUAAACCUGAUAAUGAUGAAAUGAAAUAUCAUUCAACAGAAGCAGUUGAUGAAAUUAAAAGAAAAAUUAGUUGCCUAGAAACAGAAAUAAGGAAAGUAAAUGACAAAGACAAGCUGUCAGAUCGGGCUAAAGAAAAACUAAAAAAAAAAAUUUCUGAACUUCAAAGGGAGCUAACCCGACUGUCUGGAUAUUUGGAAUUUAUUUUAAAGCACAAUAAGAAAGCAUACACUCUUCUCAUGUCUACAGACUAUGCCCGGGAGGAGUGGAAAGAAGCACUUUAUGGCUUGAAAGAUAAAUGUGUUGACACAAAUUUUACAGGAUCUGAAGUACAGCAAUUAAUAUCAAAUUGCAAAAAGCUUCCAAAUAUAAGCAGCUUAUUACCACAUCAGCAAGCAGAUAAAAUUGAAGAGCAUGGUUUAAUAGGUUCAUUAUGUGUAACACUUCAUGAAUUAACUGGUCUGGAUGAAUCUUGUACUACAUAUUGUUGCUUAGAGCUUGACUCUUGGGGCCAGUUUUUUACAAAAGCUCAUUCUGUAGCAUGUAAUGGAGCCCAUCCUGUAUGGAAUGAAGAGUUUGAACUGGAAUUGGAUUAUUCUCAUACACUUCGUAUUUUAUGCUAUAAAAAAGGAAAAGGCAAUCAAGGAGAUAUACUUCUUGGAAAAAGUGCUCUUGCACUCAGCAAAGACUGGCUUUCAAAUUUUACACGAAAGCCCAUUUCGAUGAAUAAGAUAUCUUUAGUUAUCUCAAUUAAUCAUUUGCCACCAAAUAAAGCCAUCCAGAGAAUCCCAUCCAAAGUAAAGACUGGAACAUUUGGUGUAGACAUACAGAAAAUUGCUCACCAUCAAGACAGACUUUUUCCUGCUAUUAUAUCUAUAUGUACUCAGGAGAUUGAGAAACGAGGUUUACAUGAAGUUGGCAUUUACCGGGUAUCUGGAGGACAAAGUGAUGUUAAAAGGUUGAAGCUGGCUUUUCAGAAAAAUACAAUGAAAGCUCGUAAAAUGAUUGCGGAUCCUGAUUUUAAUAUACAUGCUGUUGCUGCUGUUUUAAAACUUUUUUUUCGAGAACUUCCUGAGCCACUUUUUACCAAUGCUUUACACAACAAAUUUCUUACAGUAAAUGAUAUAUAUGAUGCAGAAAUAAAGAAGAAAAAAGUGAUUAUGUUAAUUCAUUCUUUACCAGAUGUGAAUUAUCACACGCUUAUUCAUCUUCUACAUCAUCUUCAAAGAAUCAGUGAAAAUUCUGCUAUUAAUAAAAUGACAAAUUCUAACCUUGCUGUGAUAUUUGGACAAUCUCUCAUGCAACCAGCACCCUAUUCAGAUCAAAGCUCAGUUGAGAUGGCCUCUUUCUUAAAUGCUCAUCUGCAGAAUGAUGUUCUUGAAUACAUCAUGAAUCUUCAAUGCAGUGGUGUUUUUCUGACCAAACAUUGGUAUCUACGACGUCUCGGAACCUUAUACCAACCACAUUUGGACGACUCACCGAUCCAAUUUAUUGAGAGAUAUUACUUCGCACCGAAACACCACGUGUUAUUCAUAAUGGCUGAACAGUCUGCACAAGUGACAGCCGUUGUGCUGACCCUCCCAACUUUUUACAUGACUAAUGUAAACGUGUGGUUCGCCCAGACUGAAGCCAUAUUCCAAGCAAAGCAUAUUCACUUUCAGACUGCGCGUUACGCGUACAUAGUCGAGAAGCUGCCACCAGAGAUCGCUGCUGACGUGCUAGACCUUUUCGAAGCCGUUCCCACUCAAAACCCCUUUGAUAUACUAAAGGAAGCCAUCAUCUACCGUACUGGGAAAUCGCAUGAGCGCAGGUUGCACGAUCUAUUUAAUACUAUACAGCUCGGAGAUAGCCGCCCGUCGCAGUUGCUUAGACGUGACGUUUAUGUGCCUCCUUCCUUACUGGAAUGCGAGUACGUUUUUGUACGACAGGAUUCUGUUAGAAAGCCACUGACACCACAUUAUGCGGGUCCAUUUCGUGUCCUUGCCCGGACCGAUAAAUAUUAUACUCUACAUAAUAACCACGGCCGAUCGACUUUCUCUAUCGAUCGCCUAAAACCUGCAUGUAUUGAACGCGAUGGAUCAACCAAUCAACCUACGAGCCCUUCGCUAGACAUCCCUCAGUUUCGUCACCAGCACCUACUAGGACUGCUAGCGGACGUACCGUCCACUGGCCUAGGAAGUUCAGAACUUUCAUUACAUAUUGAAAACUCUUUUUUCCCUGACUUUUCAAACUUGACGAGGUAUUGUGGUGAUCACUUACAUGUGCCACACCUCCGCUUUCUUUAA